CCUUUGCUACAGAUAGCUUUCGAAAAUUCUUGUUAAUCUGUCACUGUCUCAUCUGUGAUCUGUCAAUAGUGUCAGUUCAAGUAAAUAAUAAACAUAACCUAAAAAAGUUUGUAAAGUUCUUCAUUAAUGUAAUUAAACAGAUAAAAUAUGCUUAAUAUGUGGAUUCUUAACACUUGCCAGUGGUUUAUCCUAUUCAUAUGUGUUAAUUCAUUUUCAUGUCUCAUUUAUUUAAUUUAUUAUGGUCAACUCAUAACUUCGAAAUGUUUUGAUACAUUUGAAAACGAAUACGACUACAUUAUCGUGGGUUCUGGUACUGCAGGAUCAGUAAUCGCCCACAGACUGGCUACAGAGACGAACUUCACCUUCAUAGUCUUGGAGGCAGGAGGGAAAGGGAGUCCGCUCUUCGACAUUCCCGUACUUGGCCCGAUGCUGCAUGGAUCCAUUUAUGAUUGGCAGCUGGAAACAACACCGCAGGAGAAUGCUUGCUUGGCUAUGAAUAAUAAGAAAUGCAAACUGCCACAAGGAAAAAUUGUUGGAGGCUCUUCAAAACUAAACAACAUGAUACAUGUAAGAGGAAAUAUAUCUCAUUAUGUUGAAUGGUUUCAAGGCAAAUAUACUAAGGGAUUCAUUGAACAACAGUUCCAAUUUGUAGAAGAUAACAUUUUACAUUUAGAUAAUAUUCAGUAUGAAAGUGAAUUAGCUACUGCCAUCAUAGAAGCUGCAAAAGAGCUAAGGUAUAGCACUAUAGAGGAAUUCAAUAAAGGAUUUAGAAAAAGCAAAGUGUCACAAAAUAAAGGCAAAAGAUGGUCCACAUCUGAUAAUUUAGAUAUUUCUAAACAAAUCUUAACAAAUGCUUUAGUUGAAAAGGUUAUUAUUAAGGAUGGCAUAGCUAAUGGAGUCACUGUAUUUGUCUCAGAUAAAAGUCAUAAAAUUAAUGCUAAGAGAGGUGUUAUUCUGUCUGCAGGGGCCUACAAUACUCCCAAAAUUCUUGAAUUAUCAGGAAUUGGUCCUAAGAGUGUAUUGGAUCCUUUAAAUAUUCCAGUUAUUAAGGACUUGCCAGUGGGUUUUAAUUUACAAGACCAUAUUGCAACUGGACUUGACUUAGUUCUAUUCAACAAGUCUUUAGCUGUGAAUCCUAUGAAUAUGCUCAACCCUUUUAAUGUUCAUGAAUAUUUUGUAAAUGGUAGAGGACCUUUGACCACCCCUGGUUGUGAAGCCAUAGGUUUUUUAUCCACGAAAAAUGAUGAAACACCUGAUUUACAGUUCAUGGUCAUGCCUGUAGGCAUAUCAGCAGAUAGAGGUACACAUUUAAAGGAAUCCUUGGGUAUAAACCAAACAGUAUGGGAAAAUUACUUUGUUAAAGCAUUUGAUAAACACGCCGCAACGAUUUUACCAAUAAUCUUACAUCCAAAAAGCAAAGGACAAGUUUAUAUCAAUAGUAACGACCCCAAAAUACCUCCUUGCGUAGACCCUAAGUACUUAUCAAAUAAAGAUGAUGUGAAAAUUUUAAUAGAUGGUAUCAAAUUAGUUAUUAAGUUUAUUAACACACUGCCUAUGAAAGCUUUAGGAGCUCAUAUAAAUCCGAUGCAUUUCCCUGGUUGUGAAGAAUUUGUUAUUUUUAGUGAUAAAUAUUGGGAAUGCUAUGUCAGACAUUUGACUCUGACCAGCUAUCAUCCUGUAGGGACCUGUUCAAUGGGGCUCUCUUCAUCAAACAGUGUGGUAGAUACUAACUUUAAAGUCCAUGGUGUAGAUAGCCUAUUCAUUGCUGAUGCCUCAGUGUUACCCACUUUGCCAAGUGGAAAUAUAAAUGCUGCCAUUGCUAUGAUGGCAAGUUUGUUCUUUGAAACUGGUAUAAAAUUAUCUAAUACUUAUCACAGGGUUAAUAUAAGUUUAGUAUGUCACAAAUUAGAUUAUAUUUUUGAGAAUUUACAAAAUGUAUGCUUACGUAAACAACACAGUAGAUAAGUAGGCAUAAUUUGUAGUAUUUUAGAUAUAGUGCCAAAUAGUGCAAUAAAAAU